AUGUGGGCUAUCGACUCUGCACCCCGACCGCGCCCACUCGAUUGUACCGGAGUGGACGUCACUACAUCUGACACCAAAGCCACCCAGGAGAGCGAAGUAGAAGGGCAUCCAGAAUGCUCAUUUGAGAGGGAGAGCGGCGUCCCAAAGCGCAUGAUACUGUCUGGUAUCAAGUUACAGCUUUUCAACCUCGUGUAUGUCUUCCAUCGUCCGAAGGCAUCUCAAAUUCAGAAUAGAAGUCUCUGCAUCAGCUUGUUUCUCUCCACGCUAGACAGCAGCGUCAAUGAUGGGGGAAAGGCAUAUUCGACCGUUCUAUUGCUGUCUCUUGGCGGUGUUUUGGAGGGGCUGGGUGCGGGAUUGUUGGUCCUGCUAUCGAGUGAUGCAGAGGGAUUUCCGGCGAAGGACUAUGGGUUUGAGGCGAAUAUUGAGUUUAGACCAGGGAUGUGUACGGGCGUGAUUGUGCUGUCUGUUAUGCUUGUAUUUGGGGUCGGGGCGUUGGUAUGUCGGCAAAGCAAUCCCCUCCUCAAAAAUACCAUCCGCUCACUUUACUCAGCUGCUGGAAUGGGUGCCGUCGGUCAGUUCCGUUCGCUCGGGGGCUGCACUGGUGUCACCGUCUGCGUGAACCUUCUGGGCGGAUAUAUUGCAGAGGAUCUAUCAUCAGAACUUUCGCCGGCACAGAUGGGCGUGAUCAAGCUCUCGGUAAAAGCGAUCGACGGCCUUUCGGAAGCACUUCAAACGGCGAUUUGGACAAGCUAUUCCCAAGAUUUCAAACGCGAAGCGGUGGUUAUGACACUUUUUGGAGCUGCCGGUAUUGUAGUGGCAUUUUUGAUGGUGGAGAAGAAGCUGAGGAGGCAGAUGUGA